CCCACUUUACUCAUCAAACCAACUAAUUUUCUUUUCUUUUUAAUUAUUAUUAUUUUGGUAAUACAACCGAUCUAUUUAUCAAACCAACCUUCUUGCUUUUUCUCCACAUUCAAUUUGGGGGAAACAGAAUAAAGCAACCGCCUUAAUCUUAAAGUUCCUUAUUGGACUUGGACCCCACUCUUUGUAAUUGCUUCCUCAUGACUUGUACCAAACCUGAACGCUUUGAUCUUUGUUGGUUUGGUGUGGUUCCAAACACUAACCAACCAAACAGAGCGUGUGGGUUGGAUCAGACGGCAGUGAUUGGUCGUUCCUUGUUUUUUGAGUUCUGAUCAACUCAAGCUUUAGUUCAGUCUACAUGAAUAUAUUAUAGAAUGGCUCAAGAGAUGAGACAAUUUUCUUACCCCUAAGUCUGUUUCCAGCUUAUGGCCAAAAUAUAUACAGGAAAGGAAGAAACUUUGGCUGAUAUAUUUCUUUUUUUGAAUUUACUGUUGCUUGUGGUCGUUUUCAGUUUUCUUUCUUGGCUUUGUUUUUAACUGUAUAUAUUCUCGCAAAACAAAACAACUGCGGUGACAAAAGCUCUCUAGACUCAUCCAGUUGGGAAAUUUGUCAAUCCUUUUGGAGAAAAAUUGACCACUAGAUUUUGGUGGCUGCUGUAGCUCCUAAUAUUGGAGUUUUUCUGUGGGAAUUCUGGUUAUCAGGAACUCUGUAUCCAAGUAAAGUUUUGGUCUUGGAAACUUCUUUUAAACGUGAUAAGGUUAUAAAGCUGAUGGUGUGGAAAUGUUUGUGGCUCGAUAUGGAUAUUUGAAUAUGGAAAUAAACCCAAGUUAUCUAACUUGGUGCUAGAAUGUUCAUAGUUAGGUAUGGUUGUGGCACUAGGAUUGGCUUCUCAGGUUCUCUAGGAAGUUACAAAUUCUGGGUUCUAAUGGUUUGAAUUCUCAGUUAGGAUGGGAAGUAAUAAUUGCCGGGUUUUUAUGCAAUUGGGUUUUCUCCACAGAUGGAUGAAAAAUUCAGCUUUUCCAUUUUAGAGUAUCCUCAUGAUAGUAAGGUUAAGCGUUCUGGUUGCUGCUUCAGUUGCAGCCUUUGCAGUGAGGCAGCUCAACGCCAAUAGCUCAGGAAAUGGCCGAGCAAAGUUCAAACAACAACAAAGCAAGGAGGAUGACAAAGAGCAGGUUACAUGUUCUCAUGAUUAUCAAAAAGGGGAGGAUUGGGAAGAGGAAGAAGAAGAAGAGGUUAAAUUAAUUAGCAGCAUAUUUAACCGAGCUCGUGAUAGUCCAGUCGAUAAUGAUCAGGAUGAAGAUAUAUUACCUGAAUUUGAAGAUCUUUUGUCUGGGGAGAUUGAAAUUCCUCUACCUGGUAAUAAUAUCUCUAAGAAAGAGAGAGACAAAAUAUAUGAAACUGAGAUGGCAAACAAUGAAAGUGAGCUGGAACGGUUAAGAAAACUGGUAAAGGAAUUGGAGGAAAGGGAAGUAAAGCUUGAAGGUGAACUGCUUGAGUACUAUGGAUUGAAGGAGCAAGAAUCAGAUGUUGUUGAGUUACACCGACAGCUCAAGAUCAAGACAGUGGAGAUUAACAUGCUCAAUAUCACCAUUAACUCUUUGCAGGCUGAGAGAAAGAAGCUUCAAGAACAGGUUACACGGGGAUUGUCAGUGAAGAAGGAGCUGGAGGUGGCAAGGGACAAGAUUAAAGAGCUUCAGAGGCAAAUUCAGCAUGAAGCAAGCCAGACAAAAGGCCAGUUAUUGUUCCUCAAACAGCAAGUUUCAAGUCUGCAGGCUAAGGAGGAAGAAGCUGUGAAGAAAGAUUCUGAAAUAGAGAAGAAGCUAAAAGCUGUGAAGGAGUUAGAGGUAGCAGUUAUGGAGCUUAAAAGAAAAAACAAGGAACUUCAACAUGAAAAGAGAGAAUUGACUGUCAAACUGGAUGCUGCUGAAGCAAGGGUAGCAGCACUUUCUAAUAUGACAGAGAGUGACAAGGUUGCGAAGGUAAGAGAGGAAGUAAAUAAUCUAAAGCAUGCAAAUGAGGACCUGUUAAAGCAAGUGGAGGGUCUUCAGAUGAACAGGUUCAGUGAAGUUGAAGAACUAGUGUAUCUUCGUUGGGUCAAUGCAUGCUUGAGGUAUGAGCUUCGCAACUAUCAGGCUCCUCCAGGAAAGAUAUCGGCCCGUGAUCUCAACAAGAGUCUGAGUCCCAAAUCCCAAGGGAAGGCUAAACAGCUGAUGUUAGAGUAUGCAGGAUCGGAACGUGGGCAGGGGGAUACAGAUCUUGAUAGCAACUUUUCUCAUCCAUCCUCUCCAGGAAGUGAGGAUUUUGAAAAUGCUUCUAAUGAUAGUUCCAUGAGCAGAUUGAGUAGUCUCAGUAAGAAACCUAGUUUAAUCCAAAAGUUAAAGAAAUGGGGAAAAAGUAAAGAUGACUUAAGUGCUCUUUCAUCUCCAUCCAGAUCUAUCUCUGGAGGCUCACCAAGUAGGACAAGUAUGAGCCUUCGGACAAGGGGUCCCUUGGAAGCCUUGAUGCUGAGGAAUGUGGGUGAUAGUGUAGCCAUCACUACAUUUGGGAAGAUAGAUCAAGAAUCUAUUGACUCUCCUGAAACUCCAACAGCUUCAAAUGCUGGACCACAAGUUUCUUCUGGUGACUCGCUUAAAUCUGUUGCAACAUCAUUCCAAUUGAUGUCCAAAUCAGUUGAUGGUGUUUUAGAUGAGAAAUAUCCUGCUUAUAGAGAUAGACAUAGGUUGGCCUUGGAGAGGGAAAAGAAAAUUAAGGAGAGAGCUGAUAAAGCAAGAGCAGCAAAGUUUGGUGAUAAUUUAAAUUUGAAUUCAACCUAUGAGUCUAGAACCAAGACUGGAGAGAGAGCUGUAGUUUUACCUGCAAAACUUACUCAUAUAAAGGAAAAGGCAGUUGUUACUGGUACAAAUGAUCAAUCUAGUGAUGGUAAUACGACUGAUCCUCGAAUGAUAAGCAAGAUGAAACUUGCUGAGAUUGAGAAGAGGCCUACUAGGGUGCCUCGACCUCCUCCUAAACCAUCAGGAGGUGCUACAGUUGGUAUAGCUUCCAAUACUUCAACUGGAGUAGGACCACCUCCUCCACCAGGUGCCCCACCACCACCUCCACCACCGCCUGGUGGACCACCUCGUCCGCCUCCUCCACCAGGAAGUCUACCAAGGGGAGCAGGGAGUGGUGAUAAGGUCCACCGGGCUCCUGAAGUGGUUGAAUUUUAUCAAACAUUGAUGAAGCGAGAGGCAAAGAAGGACACAUCAUCUUUAAUAUCUUCACCAUCUAACAAUGCAUCUGAUGCAAGAAGCAACAUGAUUGGGGAAAUCGAGAACAGAUCAUCAUUCCUUUUAGCUGUGAAAGCUGAUGUGGAAACCCAAGGUGAUUUCGUCAUGUCAUUGGCAACUGAAGUUCGAGCCGCUUCAUUCACCAACAUAGGAGAUCUGGUGGCCUUUGUAAACUGGCUAGAUGAGGAACUUUCUUUCUUGGUUGAUGAACGGGCAGUACUCAAGCACUUUGAUUGGCCUGAAGGAAAGGCAGAUGCAUUAAGAGAAGCAGCUUUUGAAUAUCAAGACCUGGUGAAGUUGGAGAAGCGAGUCUCCUCUUUUGUCGAUGAUCCCAAUCUUCCCUGUGAAGCUGCUUUGAAGAAGAUGUACUCGUUGCUUGAAAAAGUUGAGCAAAGUGUAUAUGCACUCCUACGUACAAGGGACAUGGCUGUUUCGCGAUACAGGGAAUUUGGAAUUCCAGUUGAUUGGUUAUCAGAUUCAGGAGUAGUCGGCAAGAUCAAGCUCUCAUCCGUUCAAUUAGCCAAAAAAUAUAUGAACCGUGUAGCAUCCGAACUUGACGCAUUGAGUGGACCUGAUAAGGAACCAAAUAGAGAGUUUUUACUGCUUCAAGGAGUGCGUUUUGCUUUUCGUGUUCAUCAGUUUGCUGGUGGAUUUGAUGCAGAGAGCAUGAAGACAUUUGAAGAACUAAGAGCCCGUGUAAAUUCACAAAUAGGAGGAGACAAUAAACUCGAAUAAUGAGGAUCCUUUUUUUUCUUUUUCUUUUUUGGUCUUUUUCUUCUAAUAUUUGUAUAUUUUAACUUAUCCAUCCAUGUUGCAGAAAACCUCAUAUAUAUUGAAUAUUGUAGAACUGUUAAUCCCA